AUGUCCGACCCGCAGGCGCCUACCCGGCGACCCAAGCAUCAAGCCGCACCCGCGGAGACAGAUCCGCUCCUCCCCGGGGGAGGCGCCGAACCUACGCGGACGACGACAACGACGACUAGCGAUAGGCCAGCUUCGGCAUCCAGUCUGGUUGGUAGCAGAGGUCAUCCUGGUGGGCAUGUCGAAGGCCGUCAUGACUUGGUGUUGCGGAUCGCGGCAGCCAUGUUUGCCUUCAUGGUGAUGGGCACCAUUCAAUCAGUCCCUGGCGUAUUGAUACCACAUCUGGAGAGUUACUAUGGUCUCAGUGACACCUAUGUGUCUAUAAUAUUCCUCAUCUCACCCGUGGGAUAUUUCUUGGCGGCUUACAUGAGCAGCUUCAUCCAUCUGCGGUUUGGUCAGCUAGGCAUUGCGAUCAUUGGCCCUGCCUGCCAACUGAUCUAUGCAGUCGGCUUGUGUGCCCACCCGCCAUACUCAAUGGUGCUGUUCCUCAGCCUCAUUGAAGCCGUCGGAACUGGCCUUCUGGACGGGUCUUGGUGCGCAUGGGCUGGUGCCAUGGCGAAUGGCAACACAGUACAGGGGUUUCUUCACGGCUCUUACUCGAUAGGUGCCAGCUUGGGGCCGCUUAUUGCUGGGACAAUGAUCUCUGUCGGAAAGACACCUUGGUGGUCUUGGUUUUAUGUAUUGUCGGCCUUCUGUGUCGUCAUGCUGGUAUCAUCAGCGUAUGCCUUCCGUGCACAGGACGGGAAGAGGUAUCGUGCUGAAAAGCAUGAUCGCAACGAUUCGGCCAUACCUCAUGACAAACAAGACAGGUUCGCAAUCUUCAGGUAUAGCGCAACUUGGAUAUGUGCUGCUUAUUUUCUCGCCUAUGUCGGCAUUGAGAGCUCGAUUACCGGAUGGAUAGUGGUAUACAUGCUCCGGGCGCGCCAUGCUUCCGGAUACUUGGCCAGCAUGUGUUCCGCGCUCUUCAAUAUUGGCAUGGCAGUGGGAAGGCUGGCUCUUGGCGUCGUUACAGAUAAGCUGGGUGUCAGACUCGCCGUGGUCAUCUACUUGUCGACGACGAUCAUCUUGCAGGCUCUGUUUGCCAUGGUUGAGUUGCCUGCCAUAUCGGCGGUGCUUGUCACGCUGAUCGGCUUCUUCUUGGGCCCCAUGUUCCCUUCAGGCGUGGUCUUGAUUACUCGUCUGCUCCCGCCGCAUUUACACGUUGGAACGGUGUCAUUUGUGGCGUCUACGGGCCAGAUUGGUGGUGCACUUCUCCCAUUUGCCCUUGGUGCUAUUGCGGACCAUGUUGGCAUCGGCGCAUUUCAGUACAUAAUCCUGGCUCAGCUGGUCGCGACGCUUUUCAUCUGGCUGUGCUUUCCAAGAUUGGCAGUAGGCGUUGUUGGUGUUUCACGUUCAGAUGAAGAAGACGUCAUGGACAGAAGUCACGAGUAA